UAAGUCACGAUCCUUGCUUGCUGAAGAAGAUGCUGUCUGAUCUUCCAAGGGAUUUGGCAGAGGAUGUGCUCAUUAGGAUUCCUGUGACAUCUAUGAGAGCAGUCCGAUUCGUUUGCAAAAGUUGGAACGCUUUAUCCAAAGAUGAGAGUUUUACAAAGAAGCGCCUUACUCAAGCUAAAGCAGCAGCCUCAACUGAGUUUUUGGCGGUUAUGGUGAUUAAUGAUCGGGUUUACCUGAUAAGCGUCAACCUCCAGGGAAUUCACAACCACGUUGAACCAUCAAUAAACCAUCUAGGUAAACUCGUUAGCCUAACCAAUUCAGAUGGAGACGAUAUAUCUGUAGUCUAUCACUGCGAUGGUUUACUGUUAUGCAUCACGGAAGACCCCCAUAGGUUCGUCGUUUGGAAUCCUUACUGCGGCCAAACCCUGUGGUUCGAGCCAAUAAGCAGACCAAAUUGGGGAAAUUAUGCUAUAGGAUACGAGAAUAGCAAAUCAUGCCGCAGCUACAAAGUUUUGGGACUUAUUGAAUCUUCUGGAUACGUUCGGUAUGAAUUGUACUACAUCAACUCUAAAUCACCUAGUGAUAUGACUAUCCCGAUUACUAUCUUUCCAGAUUGGGAUAUAGAGUUUUAUGCACGUGGCGUGUCUCUCAAGGGAAACACUUAUUGGUUUGCUCAAGAAAAUGGUGUAGGAGACGACGGAACAGAAAUAGGGGACCAAGAUUUUUUGAUCUGUUUUGAUUUUACAAAAGAGAGAUAUGGACCGCGUCUAAGUCUACCGUUUCACUCAAUUAUGGAUGAUACUGUGACUCUAUCUAGUGUUAGAGAUGAGCAACUUGCAGUGUUAUUUCAGCAAGUGGAUACGUUACAUUUGGAGAUAUGGAUUACGACUAAGAUUGAGCCCGAAGCGGUGUCGUGGAGCAACAAGGUGUUCUUAGCGGUGGAAAUGGAACCACUCGAUGAUUAUCCAUUUGAAGUUACAUCAGGGAGUUUCUUUGUUGACGAGGAGAAGAAAAUUGCCGUGGUUUUUGAUGUUGAAAGACGUAAGCAGAUGGGCUACUUCGCUUAUAUCAUUGGAGAGGAUGGAUAUUUCAAAAAAAUUGAUAUCAUAGACCCUUCAGAAGAGUGUUUUUUCCCACGUAUGUGCUCUUAUGUUCCUUUAAGCACUUAUGUCUAGUUUCAGAUAUCAAAUAAACUCGGCAUAUUCUAGGACAGGGGAACGAGUACUCCAACUCUAUCACAGUCACUGUCAGAGAAAUCUAUCUCUAUGAGCUUCUCGUCAUCAUUGUGUUCGAAUGGUCUGUCUUGCUUUCUAUAUCAUAUUCGGGUUCAAAUUUUCAGCACGAUCUGUUUACAUUGCAGUCAUGAGAAAGACGCCUAAUUAUGUU